GCCCUGCCCCCGCAGCGCCUCCGCAGCGCCCGGGCCCCCCGCCCCAGCACCCCCCGCACCCCCCAGCAUCACCCGCACGGUCCCCGGCACCUGCCCCGGGCAUCUCCCGCACCGGCCCGGGCUCCCCGAGCGUGGCCCGGCUCAUCCCCGAGCAUCCCUGGCAUCGGUGCGGGCACCCCGAGCGUUCCCAGCUCAACCCGGGCUCGCCCCGAGCAUCCCCUGGCUCGCCCGCCGCACCUCCCGCCUCGCCCCCGAGCAUCCAGCGGCUCUCCCCGGGCAUUCCUCGGCUCAUCCCGGGCUCCUCCCGGCCCUGCCCGAGCAUCCCCGGCUCGUCCCAGCCCGGCCCCCCCGCUCCGGCCGCGUCUCCAGGGAAGAUGCUCAACGUUAUGGAUUUCUCCUGCCCGGAUCCGCUCUACUCCAAGUACGAGGAGAGCUGCGAGAUGAAAACCGGAGACCUGCAGGGCUUGGGGCAGCCUGAGCAGCAACUUCUGGCAGAGGCCGAUUUCCUUGGAGGUGAGCUGCUGGGCGUCCCCGGCAGCGGCGGGGCCGUGGAUUACUCGCUGCUGGGCAGCCAGCCCUCGCCUUCCCUCAGCUACACCGGCAGCUUCUUCAUCAAGGCGGUCCCGGAGCACCCUCAGGACCAGGAAUCCCUCUUCAACCUGAUGUCGGGCAUCCUGGGCAUCUCCCCCUUCGCCUCCUCCGAGGGCCACCAGCGGCACCUGGACGCUCUUUACCCCUGUCCCGAGGUGGCUCCGAGCCAGCUGGACCUGUACCCGUCGUGCCAGCCCGAGAUGAGCGGGUCCAGCCCGGCCCCUUUCACCGAGCCGGGCUACGGCGCCUUCCCCGCGGCCGAGGGCGCGCAGCCCCUGCCGGGAAACACCUCGCAGUGCUUCUUCCAGCCCAAGCUCCUGGACAGCAAGCAGGACAUCAAGCUGUCCUCCGGCUCCCCGCCCCUGGACAAGUUCAAAGGCGCCUGUGCCCAGUGGGAGCCGCUCUCGCAGCAGCACCAGGCCUACCUGCCCGCCGCCUUCCCCUCUGCCGAGGGCUUCCCGGCCCCCGAGAGCAGCCAGGGGCUGUUCCCCGCGCUGGGCUCCAAGAUGGAGAGCGUCUUGUCCGUCAGCUGCCAGCCGGAGCUCGGCAGCCUGGCCGAGGACGCCGCCUGCUUCGGAGCCCAUCUGGGCUUCGGCUGCGAGCCAGAGAACUUCCCGGCCCGCGGGGACUUCGCCGACAGCAAGAUCCACACCCUGCCCACGCCGUUAAUGCCGGACUUCGAGGCCUCCUUGGCCCAGCCCGAGGUGCUGCCGGGCCUACUGGGCUCCGCCGAGCUGCUCCAUCCCCACCCAUCUCCCUCCGUGCCUCCCCCGGAGUUCCUGGGCCCAGCCCCGCCGCUGCCCUCGCUGCUGCCCGCCGGCCCCGCCGCGCUGGCCGAGCCCAAGAAGAAGGCUCGGCGCAGCAAGUGCUCCUCCAAGUGCUUCUGCCCCAAGCCCCACGAGAAGGCGUUCGCCUGCCCGGUGGAGAACUGCGUCCGCAGCUUCGCCCGCUCCGACGAGCUCAACCGGCACCUGCGCAUCCACACGGGCCACAAGCCCUUCCAGUGCCGCAUCUGCCUGCGCAACUUCAGCCGCAGCGACCACCUCACCACGCACAUCCGCACCCACACCGGCGAGAAGCCCUUCUCGUGCGACACCUGCGGCCGCCGCUUCGCCCGCUCGGACGAGAAGAAGCGGCACAGCAAGGUGCACCUCAAGCAGAAGGCGCGGAGCGAGGAGAAGCUCAAGGGCUUGGGUUUCUUCUCGGUGGGGCUGUCCUUCGGCCCGCUCUGAGCCCCAGCGCGGCCAGCGGCGUUCCCGAGGUGCCCGAGCUCUCACCGAGAGCCGGAAUGGGCUGGGCUGGGCUGGGGGUCCCUCCCGGGCGGCCCCGAGAGGCGGCAGAGCCGGGCCGGGCCCAGGGCGGAUGCGGGAGGCGAGCGGAGCUCCCGGCGGGGAUGGCAGCGGAGCCAUCCCACAGCUCCCGCUCCGAGCAGGGGAGCGGAGAGCCCUGUACAGACAGACAGACGGACACACAUCACCACCGACGGGUGGACACUCAGAGCUGGGAGCGCCCCGCUGUGAUUGCCCAAGGCAGCGCUUCCCAAGAUGCUCCUGCCUGGAGAUUUUCCGGCCGACAGACAGACAGACGGACAGAUAUCACCACCGACGGGUGGACACUCGGCGCUGGGAGCGCCCCGCUGUGAUUGCCCAAGGCAGCGCUUCCCAGGAUCCUGGAAUGGAUUCCAACCCUUCCCAGGAUGGUCCUGCCUGGAGAUUUCCCGUCCGCCAGACAGACAGACGGACAGAGAUCACCACCGACAGGUGGACACUCGGCGCUGGGAGCGCCCCGCUGUGAUUGCCCAAGGCAGCGCUUCCCAGGAUCCUGGCAGGGAUUCCAGCGCUUCCCAGGAUGGUCCUGCCUGGAGAUUUUCCGGCCGGCACUGUCGGGGCUGAGGCUGCUCCCGUCCUUUCUCCCCAGGGAGAGAGACCCCGCCGGGCUCUGGCAAGCGGUGCUAACAAGCCCUUGGGAAAGGUGAUUUCAGUACUAUUAUUAUUAUUAUUAUUAUUAUUAUUAUUAUUAUUAUUAUUAUUAUUAUUAUGUUUGUAAAAAGAAAAGGCCUCUAUCAGGAAUAUUUCAAAUUUGUGUCUAUUUUUCUAAUUAAAGAUCUGAGCUG